AUGUUCUUAUUAUUAGGUGCAUCAGCUGCUCAAGCACACUUUACUUCCGUUGUUCCCGCCGCUCCUCAGAAGGGGACACCCGAGGAUGCAUUGAAUCAGUCGUCUCAAGAACGAUUCACCAGACUGGUAAUUGCGGGGGAAGAAGAGUCAAUAACAUCAUCACUGGUCGGUGUUGGAAAGUCUACCCACUUUUUCAUCGUCCCCGACGGGCUGUCGACUGCCAGCUCCCACACCAUGAUGAUAAUGAUGGUGAUGGUUGAUCGUCGUAUGAUUAUUUGUGGUAUAAUCGUAAUGAUGGUUAUGAACCGUCUCCCGGCUACCAGUGUCGUUGAUCACAUCCCGGUGAACGUUUGA